AUGACGAAUAGCGCAUCCGAGGUAUCCGCUCAAAGCGACGACGCGGUGCAUUGCGCCUUCUUCUACGGCACGCUCAUGGUCCCGGAAGUCUUUUACACGGUUUGCUACAACUCAAAAACCGUCCCGGAUGUCAUCGCUCGCCAGCACAAAUUCUCGCCCGCGAUCCUCCAUGGCUAUUCUCGCCGCCGCGUGAGGCUCGCUGACUACCCUGGCAUCACCGAGGAUGCGGGGCACAGCGUGUUCGGCAUGUUUGCGGAGGGGCUGACGAAAGCGAACAUGGACAAGCUGGAUUACUUCGAAGGCGCCGAGUAUGAACGCCGAACGGUCAAAGUGAAGCUUCUUGAGAAAGUGGGUGAUGUGAGUGGGGAGGGCAACGUGGAGGGUGAGGAGAGGGAGGCGCAGGUGUAUGUCUUCAUGCCCACGCAGAACUUGGAGGAGAAGGAGUGGGAUUUGGAGGAGUUCAAGAGGGAUAAGUUGAAGCUCUGGAGCAGGGGUGAUCAUAUCUUUGCGGACUGCGAUCCCGCCAAGCCUGCUACGGUCGCGGCGGCUGUCUAA